AGACGCUCGUGCACGCGCGCGCACACUCACAUAUGACUCAUCUCAUCUAAACUAAAGCACUUUGUCAGAGGCGUCCAUUCACGUUACACCCAGGCAAGAACGCGCAGACUCAAUCUCAUCUUGGAGCGCCACACUUAUAGUGAGGCUGGCUAUAUAAGUCCAUUCAGCAUCUACUCUUUAAGUAACAAUAUACUUGUUUCUUCAAAGAAGUGAAGGAGGGCGGCAUCUCGCCAACUACCUGGCAACCUACACGGCUGUAGCGGACCUCCUCUAAAGAUUGAAGAUUCCUGCUGAUAUCCUGACAUGAAGCUCAAUUUACUUGGUACCACCGUGAUUCUGCUAGUUGCCUUCUUACCCCGCUACGAAUGUCGGGCUAUUGAGAGCCCUGGCGGUGCCCUGCGCGUCCCAGCUCCCCAAAGCCACAACUCCCAGCAGCAACAGCAGUCUGGUCCCAUCCUGGAGCGGCUUGGAGAGGAGUAUUUCAUCCGACUGGGCAACGGGGACUCUAACUCUUUUCCAUCAUCGUCCGUGUAUCCCGGCGGAUCACCUGCCAUCUACAACAGAGCGCUGCAACUCCAGCUGACGCGGCGUCUUUUACAAGGGAAAGUUGGGAACAUCAGGGCGCUCAUAAGCGGCUUCGGAGACCACGGGGACGAGUCGAUGGAGAGGGGAAGGAGGUCCGAGGACCCGCCGAUAUCCCUGGAUCUGACCUUCCACCUGCUCCGAGAGAUGAUGGAGAUGUCGAGGGCGGAACAGCUGGCCCAGCAAGCGCAAAAUAACAGAAGAAUGAUGGAGCUGUUCGGGAAAUGAAGCUGCCCAGUCCGCCAAAGAUCUCCCUUCCCUUUCUUUUAACUUUUCUUUUUCUCUUUUUUUUCUUUGCAUUUUUACCAUCAGCACAAAACAUGCUCUGUACAAUAUAGUGCUGCUUUAUCACUCUAUUAUUUAUAGCUUUAACGUCAGACUAUGGAGUGUAAACGGGCUCGACUUAUAAUGAUCCGAUUGUACCAUUUUAAUGUUGGUGUCAAAUCUGUAGAAUUACACUGUUCUUCAUAUUUGAGAUGAUAUACUUUUAAGACAUGAAAUACUGCAUUGACAAAACUGGCAUUUGUUUUAGAUUAUGAAUCACUGUAUUUAUGAUAUUUAUGUUUGUUAAUAAACAUAUGUGCAACCAGUAUUUUCUGUUGUGCAAGAGAACGUCUUAUAUCUAUAUUUUUUAAUAAAAAACAAAAAUAA